AUGGACAUCGCUAAUACUAAGAUUAUAGACGAGGAAGCUCUCCAAAUAGCCGCCAAUGGCGGCCCAAUAGAUCCGGAGAGAUGGAAUGGCAUGGCUGCGCCACUGAUUGAGCGACUAGAAUACAUCGUCUACAAUGUGUUCCCAAUGCCUCAAGUGCGCCCCGAGCAUAUCGGCCAGCAACCGUUUCCCAGUCAUCCUCCCCAGACAAACACCGCUCCAUCCGGGAGCAGCAAUAACUCCUCGUCCGACCUUAUGCCUCCACCGAUACCCAGCUCUUCCCUGUCGAGCGAACGAGUGCCAGACUCCCAGCCCCAGUCAUCUGGCGCGAGUGCAGAUAGCCAGCUUCCACCGGCGCUCGCAUUCCUUUUGAGCGCCAUUCGUUCUUCGAUUAAUUCCUUUUUCAAGGAGAAACCCCCACAUACUAUCCAGAGACUCGCAGAGCUGAUUCUCUACCCCACCAAGCAUUACAGGACAUUACCCGCGUAUCUACGAGCUGUCGAUCGCGUUGUCUCUGUAACAAGCUCUGCGGAUAUCUUCCCGUUCAAAACGCCUGCUUCAGACCCCCUAUCUAACGGCCUGCAUCCUGGCAACGGUGGGGCUUAUGUGACUCCGGACUAUGCCCACUGUUUCGGGAGUGAUGAGUCUUUGGGUGGUGCACUACUUACUCCUAUCCCGUGGCUAAUCAAUGUCCCAUUCGACGGCGAUGAUGCGAACGGAGAUUCUGACGUUCUAGCCGAAGGCCCGGGCGAAACUCUACCCAUACAACCCCAAGAGCAAUCAGGCCUAGCGAUCCAGCCACUACCCGAGACUGAAGAAGGCAUGUCUACAGCCUCACCAGAGCCAUCUGACGAGGUCCCUCACGCGCGUGGUCCAAUCCGCCUCGGGGUGGAAGACAUGGGUCUGCAAGACGGAAAGGGCGUAGAGAUGGAUCUUGGCGCAGAUGGUGCCAAUGACGUCCCGGCUGCAGUCGCCGCCACUGCGGCAACAGAGCAAGAGGAAACGAAGGAGGAGUCAACCCCCGGCAAAGAUGGUGAUAUCGUGUCCGAGAACAAACCGAAUGAAGGCGAGGAAGCUAAGAAUGAGGGGGCUUCUACGGAGACCGGAGCGGGCAAUGCAGAGUCUGAAUCGACUGCUGAUUUAUCCCAAGCGUCGGAUGCCGGAAAUGCAUAA